UAGGCUGUGGACCUGUGAGGCACCUUACUACUUCUAAUCACCUAGCCUGUGGGUUAUUAUGUUUUGUGGGUUUUUUUUUUUAGUAGUUUAAACUAACGCCCUUCAUCUCACAGAGGUUUCCGAAAACUUCUCUAACAUGGCUGCUGCCGAUUCAGAAGUGGAGUUCGAGGCGAUUCCUCUCACCGCGCUGAAUGUGACUGUAAGGAAAAAGUUGGGACUUUACCUAAAUCCCAGAAACACAGUGGCCGCGGACUGGACGGCCGUUGCAGAGGACAUGGGCUUCAGUUACCUGGAGAUAAAGAACUACGAAGCCUUAAAAAACCCCACCAAGAUGGUUCUGGACGAGUGGCAUGCGCGGUCCUCAGAUGCGACGGUGGGGAAGUUGUUGUCAAUCCUGAUGAAGUUGGAGAGGAAUGACAUUCUGGAGGAUCUUCGCCCUUUGAUAGGUGAGGAUGUGAAGAGAUAUUGUGAGAACCAGAAAAAGAAGGCUGAUCCCCCACUUCAGGUUCCAGAGGUGGACAGCUGUGUCCCUCGCACCCCAGAGAGGAAUGGUAUCACCCUGGAGGAUGACCCCGAAGGUACCCCUGAGAUGUUUGAUGCCUUCAUCUGCUACUGCCAGAGCGACUUUGAGUUUGUCCAUGAGAUGAUCCGGGAACUGGAACAGACAGAGUACAAAUUGAAACUGUGUGUGUUCGACAGAGAUGUCCUCCCAGGCUCCUGUGUAUGGACCAUCACUAGUGAACUCAUUGAGAAGAGGUGUAAGAGGAUGGUGGUGGUGAUUUCUGAUGAAUACCUUGACAGCGACGCCUGUGACUUUCAGACCAAGUUUGCGCUCAGCCUCUGUCCUGGAGCUCGAAAUAAACGGCUUAUCCCAGUGGUAUACAAGUCAAUGACAAAGCCAUUCCCCAGCAUCUUGCGCUUCCUCACCGUAUGUGACUACACCAGGCCUUGCACACAGGCAUGGUUCUGGGUACGGCUGGCCAAAGCUCUUUCACUGCCAUAACCAUGGACCAGACAGUUAAUUGUCUUUAAAAGUGCCUUUUAAUUUCAUCACAUAAAUUAUGUUGGACAGUGGUUAAACAUAACAUAUGAGAUAAUGUGCUGUUGCUCUUGAUCAAUGUCCUGCUGGCACCCGCCUGUGUGUUUAUGGUAUAUAUAUAUUUCAGUGCUACAGUUUGUGCUUCCCUUGAAGACAACACUGAUUUCUGUACAAUGUAAUUGUGAAACACAAGUUGCUCCCACAUACCAAAUAUCAGCAAAGUUCUCAGCACAAGCACACAGCCAUUAUUAUGUUAUUAAAAUUUCAAGAAUAACAUAGAUUGUCACUAUGUUCUAUUUAUGUGAGUUGUAAUGGUGAUAGUGUAAUGGUUUAUAUUUGGGGCAGCAUGUACUGAAUACGCUGUAAAAGCUCCCUUUUUUUUGUGCUGGCCACUUCCUCUUAUGAGUCAACUUCUAGAUGAGAUUAAAGCUUAAAGAGGAACACAUAUUGUGAUACUUCCACAUGUUAAGUUUUUGACUGCUGGCCCCUGCUUUUCCCUCUCACUUUCUCUGUCACCAUGAUGUCUUUGCAUUAGAUAAUUUUUUUUUGAUUGUCUUUUUACAACAGUUUCAUAAAAAAAUGAAUUUAUUGUACCUUGAAUAAAUGGUAUGAAUAUUAUUUCUUAAAUAAAUUUAAUACAUUCAUA